AGGUCCUCUGGACAUCCAAGCCCAAAGUCCUGGCCUCUGGAAAACUUUGAUAAUAUCACGAUUGAAGUGAUCAAUGUUGAAUCAAACAUCGUAUUCUGCUGUUCUAGCACGGUAGCUUCAGGACGUCAAUUACUGGAAUCGUUGUCGCAAGAGUGCUGGCGACAUUGAAGUACACAAAUCGAUUAGCGACCGGUAUCAUCUCGAUGACGAUCAAGUUGGUCUCUAUUUCGGAUAUCAUUGAUCCGAAACUAUGGAUGCGGUUCAGCUUAUGUGUUGAAUUGUGUAUUUGGAGUACAUUGUCGCAAGAGAUUCAGAACAUCAAAGUCAACAAACCGCCAGUGCCCCACCGCCCCGAUAUUGUAUCGCAGCCUCGCAGCGGGCUUCGGUGCACCCAGACCUGGUGAUUAAACUGUAUCCAAGGUCUUGUGCAACUGAAUACCGUUUCUAUACUCCGCUUGAAUUGCCGCUGUCAACUUUACUGGCGACGACCAAUCUCCCGAUCUCGCUUUCCGUUGGGCAUUUGCAGUUGAUUCCAUCCCGCUUUUGGCGGCGACAGCAACGAUUUUCACUCGCUUAAGCCCUCUUUAUUGUGCUUCAAAAAGGAGGAGGUUGGUAUGCUAGCGCUGCACUUAGAGGACGAAAUUAUGUAAAAUCUUGCCCUCCGCUGGUCUCCGUUUGAUCCUCAGACUCGCACAACUUACUCGCAAACAUCUCCACGGGUUACCCCACACGUAGAACUGCAUUUGCAACUCUCAUUACAGACUUGCAAUCUCAAUCAAUACCGCCAAGAUGCUUCGGUUCGCAAAGACGCCGCCGAAGACACCACCGCCACGAAAGACUAAAUAUGUUCCUCUGGAGCCUAUGAAGCCAAAGACCCAGGAACAGCUUGCCGAGGAAGAGCUUGCUAUUACUGUCGCUGACGGACUGUUUGCAAUGGGACGCGGUGGUCUGCGGGAUUCCAAGUGGGCAAGUCCCCAAUAUAACAAGCGCGUCAAAACCGCUCCAAUCAAGGUCGCUAUGAGCCAGGAAGCCCGCGACUUCUUCAGCAAGGCUGCGAAGGCAGGUAUAAAGAUCGGCCCAUCGCCACCGGCAGCAAUUGAGCGCAAAGCCGAGGCUCCAGUCGUCUCUGCAGGUGUAUUGGCGACGCCUCCAGCAACUCCGCCUCCCACUGCAGAGAUCUCUGUUGCAGUCAUCGCGGUCGCACCUGCCCCAGCUGCUGUCUCUUCGGAGCUCCAGAACAAGAUCGCCGGGCAACAAGCUGUCAAGGCCGUUCCAGUCGCAGUUGUCGCUCCGCCAGCUCAGCAAUAUUCAACCUCCGCCCCUUCACAGCAACGUCUCCAGCCAGGCGUCACGUUGGUCGAAACUCAAGCUCACAGUGUUGCUGCUCCGGUUGAUACCCGACCCCAACCAAGCCAACCAUCAGGCUAUCUCCCACCACAUCUUCUACAUCUCAGGCCAGGCUUCAAGUCGGUCCAGCCACAAACUCAGAGUACUGUUCCUCAAGGUCAGACCACUGCGGUCGUGUCGCCGUCUGACUUGAACUCCCUUCGCGGUAGCGUUGCCUCGCAGCAAGUUCAAGGCUCCGCCCCUCCCCACUCUCAAGGCCGCAAAUCUGCUAGUCCUUCUCCUACCCUACAAGCCCAUGCUACCGGUCCUCCAAAAGGUCAAUACGUUCCUCCUCACCUUCGCGGUUCCGUUCCGGCUGCAAUUCCUGCUGCCCUAAAGCUGGAGCUGGGUCAAGGCCAAAAGCAGACUGUCGUUCCUCCCCACCUCCAUCGGCCUGUCCAGCUUACAAGUCCUACCGUCUCGAAAUUGGUUCAGCCUCAAAAUUAUAGAGUUGUCCCUUCCCAAGUUCAAUCCACUCCUCCUCACCUUCGCGGUUCUGUCCAGGUUUCACCACCACAAAUGGCAAUUCACCAGACAUCUCCACACCUCCGAGGUAUUUCUUCUCAAACUUCCCAACUUUCUACAACACAAUUUCACAACAACACCACACCAUCUCAGAUCGUUGGAACAACCAUGGCUCCUACUUGCUACCCAUCUCGUCCAAUGAAUGAUGGCCAAGACGACUUCUUGCAAUGGCUGAGCCAUAAAAAGCCUACUCAAAAGGUUGAGGUUACAGAGCAGGUCAUCAUUAAGUCUGAGGAGCCGUUGAACUCUGUUCGAUCUCCCCAAGCUUUACCUGUCCGAUCUCCCCGAUCUUCGCCUUCGAAAGAGUCAACCAAUUCAAAUUGGUCCCAGGAGCCUGUUAAGAACAUCAACGAUACCGAUGAUUUCCUUAGCUACAUGAAUAAGCCAAAGUCCAAGGUCUAUGGCGUUCCACCUGAGGCUUCCAAGUCACCAAAUCAAACCCUUCCUACAGAUGGCUGGCAACGUCCCAAAACCGCUUUUGAUAACCCUCAUUGGAAGCUGAAUGAUAACAGCGUCGCCAACUUUGAGACCUACAUCAAGAACGGGGCCAGUCCUUCCUCGGUAACACCAGCUGCGCAAGUCAAUAGCGUUCAUGGAACUGCUAAUGUGCGCGCUGCAAAGGUUCAAGCUGCUCAGGUCAUGGCUUCAAAGGUUCAAUACCCUCACCAAAAGCUCACUUUCAAUGGUGCUCAGAAGCUUGGUCAGAGCGCCUCCCAACCCAAGCAAAUCGUCCAGAGCGGUCCAACGCUGUCGAUCGAGAAUAAGAAUCCAGUCGCUCAAGCUCCUGUCAAGAUCGACAAUGUUGCAACUAAUUUCAACACUGUUGCCCCAGCUAAAUCUAGUGCUCAAGCAGAUAUUGUCCCGAAUAAGGCAGCUGAAUGGCAAGGUUUGCCCAAUAUGCAUGCUGUCGCUGCUAUGAUCUCCGCCGAUAUCAACAAUGUCCAGCCUCAGGCUUCUUCAAACACGUCCCCUCUUACCAAUGAGGCCCUUGUUCUGACGACCGGCUUCAAGACUGUCAAUCAGAACAAUUAUUCUGAUGAUCGCAUCAGCAGCACUGGUCUUGGUAAGCUCUCUAGCGAUCAUGCUCAAGACCCUCGCCACACUCAAGGAAAUGACAUGGUCAAUCAAUUUUUUGAGUGGGACGGGAGUCGUGCCCCAGUACCAAUUUGGGAGGAUGAGAGGCCCAGCUUUGAUGACAGCUUCAUCCCCGAGUACAUCAAGGAAUGGCAAAAGACUCUCCCCAGUGGUCAAUUCAAGGUUGAUAUCGAGGAUGACAAGUUUACGAGCGGCGUCUACCCCAUCAGCAACGUGUCUUUUGUUGACCCGAUCCUCCAAGGCCCAGACACUGUUCCAGAUGUUGCGGAGAAUACCACUGAUCAAGAGAUUAAGAGACAGUUCCAAACUGCCGAAAUUGAAGCCAAUAAUUACUCAGUUGCUAUUGAGGACAAUCGAAAACAGGUGAAGCGUCAAGCCAAGGCAAGCAAGUUGCGCCAUCGCGAAAUCGCUGCCAAGGAGGAUGAGCCAAACCCGUUCUCUCCUACAAUUGGUAUGUACAUGCGCCCUGCUGAGGAGAAGGAUGCCACCGAUGUCGUUGCAAUUUACAACUGGUACAUCUCCAACUCAAACAUCCCAGAGGAUCAGGAACCUAUCACCGAAGAGGACGGCAAUUGGAUCAUCAAGCAAGCAAAGGAUGAUAAUCUCCCAUUCCUCGUUGCCAUCAAGGGUCGCCAACCAAGUGAUGUGGAUGCUCAAGGUCGGUCUUCACAGAAGAUCAUGCUGCCUGCAUGUGAGCAAGUCAUCGGUUUCUGCUUUCCAGAGCGAUUCAAUUAUGGCUUUGCAGGGAAGGUAGCCCGGUCUCGCGCCACGGUCAAUCUCCAACUCUACGUCCACAAUGAAUACACUCGCAAGGGUGUCGGACGUAACCUUCUUGAUCGUCUGAUCCAUAUCCUCAAUCCUGGUUAUGCCUACAAGAAUGCCACCGCUUGGAUCAAUCCAUCAAUUGACAAGCUCUACGAAACUGAGGGUGCUGGUUUGUUCCACCAACUCCUUUUCCAGAUCCCGGUUGAGCACAAGGAUGACCCCAACAUCGCAUGGCUGACCAAGUUUCUUCUCAAAUUCCUAUUCAAGGAGAAGGUCUUCAGAGAGGGAGACAAGGAGCAUCCUAAACGUUUGACGUCGGUUUGCCGGAGUACUACCACGGGUCGCAUGGCUCACUUCCUCGAUCUUGCCAUUUUCCAUUAUGAGGCUCGACAGGAGGGUGAGUUUGAUCCAUAUAUGUAAUCGGCUCACACUAGGGACAUUUGGACACAGUUGGUCUCAUGUUCGGACGCAUAUCUUUCUGAUAACAUCCACGCCUCAUUCAUGAUAGCCACUUUUGCAUCCGCAGUUGGGCAAUCUGAAUUGAAUCUUCGUUGGUUCUUGCGUUGGAGAUCUUCAUUAGCUUUUCUUCUUUUGCACAUUAUUUCACACACUUUACACCAAUUCCUGACGCCGAGAUUGCCUGUCAUCGACUUGGCCUGCUACCCUGGAAAUUGUUCUUUGCCUUUAUGGAGGACGGUCUCAUGGAAAUAUUUGCUUUCAAAAUGCCCAUUCAUCACUAGUCACUUCUUCUACUCAGCUUCGCUUCUUCUUCUAUUCUUGAGGCUUCUCCGUUUGUACACUAGCUCAAUAAAGUUAAACUGAAAA